GCGGGAGGCAGGCCCCAGCUCUUCCCUUUCCAGCUGGGUGUGAGGAGCACAAUUCUUGCAGCACAAACUUACAUACCCCUGGAGCUGAAAACAUCCUUUACUUGCCUUUUUUUUUUUUUUAAACCCCUUGAAUGAAUUAUUUCUUCUGGUUGACAUCAGCUUCCACAGCAAAGGCUGUGGGAAAGUUCUGCAAUAAGAGUGGUUUUAAUAGAUCUGGUUUCUGUCUUCUGAACCCCAUUGCUUUCUAAUUCUCUCAUGUUUCCUUGAUUACGUGGUCAUGCAGCAGUGUGGCUACCAAAACAGCCUCACACUCCCAAGGAAAUCAUCAGGAAAUAGGGGGUUAAACCAGAAGGAUUUUAUUUUUUUUUUUUUUUACCAAGCACCAUUGGAGAAAGGUGGCAUUGGACCAAAACCAUGGCUUUUCAGGCACCAUGGCCACUCGUUCAGUGAUGGUGGGAGCGUGGGGCUUCAGUUUGUCCCCAACCCCUCUAACUUCUUAGUGUCUUGCUGUGAGAUUUAUCUUUUAUAGAAUCAGAGAAUGUUAGGGGCUGGAAGGGACCUCUGGAGAUCAUCAAGUCCAAUCACAGAAUUCAUGUGGUUGGAAGAGACCUCAAAGAUCAUCCAGUCCCACCCUUUACUCAGCACUGAAGGGUCAAAACUAAACCAUGUCCCUAAGCACCAGGUCCACAGGCUGCUUAAACACCCCUGGGGAUGGUGACUCCACCACUGCCUUGGGCAAACCAAUCCCUCUGCCAAAACAGGAUUAUGUAGGGCACGUCACACAGGAAUGCAUCCAGGUCCAGGGCUUAUGCAAGGAGGCCAUGACCACUGAUGAGGCCACUAAGGGUGAAGGGGAGGUGCAGGCAGUGGCUCUUGCCGAGCAUGGAGAGGACAUCACACCAGCUCGAGACCGAGGGGUCCUGAAGAUCAUUAAACGACCUGGCAGUGAGGAUGAGUCCCCCAUGAUUGGAGACAAGGUUUAUGUCCACUACAAGGGCAAAUUGGCCAAUGGCAAAAAAUUUGACUCCAGCCACGAUCGAAACGAGCCCUUUGUCUUCAGCCUGGGCAAGGGCCAGGUAAUCAAGGCGUGGGAUAUCGGGGUGGCUACCAUGAGGAAGGGAGAGAUCUGCUACUUGCUCUGCAAACCUGAGUACGCCUAUGGCUCUGCGGGCAGUGCCCCCAAAAUCCCUUCCAACGCCACCCUCUUUUUUGAGGUUGAGCUGCUUGACUUCAAAGGCGAGGACUUGUUUGAGGAUGGAGGGAUAAUCCGGAGGAUCAAGAGGAAGGGAGAAGGUUAUUCCAAUCCUAAUGAAGGUGCUACAGUGGAAAUUCACCUGGAGGGAUUCUGUGGUGGCACCAGGUUUGACUGCAAAGACGUGAAAUUCGUCGUGGGUGAAGGGGAGGACCACGACAUCCCCAUCGGCAUUGACAAAGCCCUGGAGAAGAUGCAGAGGGGAGAGCACUGUGUCCUCUACCUUGGGCCACGGUAUGGCUUCGGCGAGGCAGGGAAGCCUAAAUAUGGCAUCCAGGGCAACGCAGAGUUGGUCUAUGAGGUGACACUGAAGAGCUUUGAGAAGGCCAAGGAGUCAUGGGAGAUGGACACCAAAGAGAAACUGGAGCAGGCUGCCAUCGUCAAGGAGAAAGGCACGACCUACUUCAAGGAAGGCAAGUACCUGCAGGCAGUGAUUCAGUAUGGGAAGAUUGUGUCCUGGCUGGAACUGGAGUAUGGCUUGUCAGAGAAAGAGUCCAAAGCCUCUGACUCCUUCCUGCUGGCUGCCUUCCUCAAUCUGGCCAUGUGCUACCUGAAGCUGCGGGAGUACACCAAAGCUGUCGAGUGCUGCGACAAGGCACUAGGACUGGACCAGGACAAUGAGAAAGGCUUGUACCGGAGGGGCGAAGCCAGGUUAUUAAUGAACGAGUUCGAGCUGGCAAAAUGUGACUUUCAAAAAGUGCUGGAGGUGAAUCCACAGAAUAAAGCAGCGAAAUCCCAGAUCUGCAUCUGCCAGAAGAAAACAAAGGAGCACAAUGAGCGGGACCGGAGGAUCUAUGCCAACAUGUUCACGAAGUUUGCAGAGAGGGAUGCAAAGGAAGCAGCCAGCAAAACUGGGGUUGAAAAAGCAGCAGAGAAAGCAGCUUGUGAAAAGGGACUGAAAACUGCCAGUGCUGAAGGUAAAGAGGCUGAAGGCCAUGUAUGAUGGAGGAAGGUAAAGAGGCUGAAGGCCAUGUAUGAUGGAGGAAGAGGAGGGGGAAGGGAGAGCCUCCUGCCCUUGGCCUAUGCAGAUGAAGGUUGCUGCCAGAGCUUGGGACUUGCCAGUGUCUUCUUGUAAAGCUUGUUACAGUUUGUGUGAUCGUAGAAGCAAAAACCACCUCACAAAGGAGAAGCAGUCCCCAUCCCACUGCCCUGGGCAUGCUGCAUGGCAGCGGCAGGAUGCUGUGGGAUCACCCACUGCCUGUGGAACAAACAGCUUUGAAAAGGAGAGAAAGAGAAAAAUACAAACAAAAAUAAACAAAAAAUGAAGCUCUUGGCAGGUUUCCAUAGACAGCUCCUUGUGGCUCCUUUGGCUUUGUGUCAGCUAUCAGCACAACAUCCUGGCUCCUUCCAGAUGAGCUGGGAUGUGGGACAUGCUCCAUGCUGGUGCCACAGUCACAGUGGGCAAACUGGAACCCAGGACUGGCUCCUGGGAGCCCAGCACCCCCACAGCACCUGGCAGCUCACUCUCCAAUAGGUGCUCACUGGAUUGGGGAGAAAUUGAUUUUCUCUCCUGACAGCUUCUUGCCUGUGGCCAAAGGGGCUGUGAUGUCGGGCCGGGUCUGAGGACAUGAUCACUUCUGCUGCAGCCCCUCAGUACAGGGGCAUAAUUCCCCUUAAAAGCACCCUUUUGUGGGGUAGGUUUUAUCCUUUGGAGAUGCUGGUUUCUGUUUCCUCACAGAGCAAAAGCCUCCUGUCCAGCUCUGCAGCUCACAGAUACUUCACCUCACCUCCCAGCCCUCAGCUCCCAUCUUGAAAUAGAUUUAUUGCUAUGUGAGGUCCAUACAAGGCCAGGAGAACCCUGGCAGCAGCAGCUUGACACAUGGUAGUUCAGAAAGCUGGCACCAUGGGAUUUCACCUCAUUGGUGAGCAGCUUUGCCUGGUGUGUGCAGGGCAUAUUAUGUCCCUCCAUUGGUGCUGUUGCCACCUGGGCUGUUGUCCCACUCUAUUCUAAAGGGGGACACUGCUAGGUGAGAUCAGCUUUCUGAUGGUUAUUUUUCCUGUCUGGUCUUUGUAAUAUCCCUUUUGGAGCUUGAAAAUAAACAGC